AUGCGGUCUGUGUCGUUUGUCUUUGACGCCGAGUCAUUGGCUGAAGCACCCUCUUCUAGAACGACGCUUGGAACAUAUGCAGCGAACCCCGCACCCCACGUCGCCAGUGCUUUGCUCGACAGUGCCAUGUUACAGCCGCCAGUCGCCCGUUCGGAGCGGUUCGUCCCACCUGGAGGCUGCACAUGGCGCAACAAAGUCCCACUGCUUAGUGUCACAAGGGCAAAGGCCAGAGAGCGAUUGCUCAAAGGUGGUGGCGCCACUCAUUAUUCCGGUCGGGCGGCGGCGUCGGGUCGGGUCGCAGAUUGGAUGCAGAAAGUACACAUUCGCACAUGUCAUGUCCUGGAGUUGCUUGCUGCCACCAAGGGAUUUGCAGACAGACUUCAAUAUCCGUUCGUGUUAGCGAGGAAUCUUGAUUUGUCUUGUGGGUACGAGUAUGCAGCCCGGAAUUACUUGCACAGGCAAUGUCAUGGCGGAGCGAUAAGGGAGCUUGGGGAGCCAUGUCCAAGGCGCUUUUGCUAUGGCGGUGCCUGGAUGCCGUAA